AUGACUGUGCUGAAGCGCUAUUCUGCCUGGAUUUUGUUUGUAGAGGAUGUGAAGGUCGAUGUGUCGAACAUGUGGCAUGGCGUGUUGUUGCAUGAAGUUUUCGAGCGGUGUUCCAAGCCCAUCAUCAACCGACCCAAGAAUCGUGAGAUCGUGAGUCCCUCUGAUUAUGACUCAACGGUGUUUGCUGAUUAUACUCUCCUGCUCCCUCACCUGAUACAAUCAUGA